CGCUGACUACUGAAGAGCAAGUCGAGCUCCUGCGGGGCUUGCACAGCUAUCUGAGCGCAAAGGGCGUCGGUAUGGCGUUGUAGAAUCCUAUAGAUGCAACAAGGUCGCGAUCGAUAUCGCGCCGCUGCGCCGCCCUCCCUUGGCCUACAUGAAGGCAGACCGAGCAUGUGACAUGCCAUGAUGUCGUGAAGCAAUGCAGCCACAAGAUGUCCAACAGGGCGCCAUCAUCAUCCCGGCACCGCCGUCUCAGCAUGACAUUAUCGAGCCUCCUGCCGGCUCGUAUCGCUCGAAGAGCUUGAUCAGCGAAGGUGCACCGACCGACUUUCGCGGAUUCUUUACGCCUGCCGAUGGCUUGACACAACAGCAGAUCAAUGAAGAUCCCGUGGGCUUGCCGACGAUCUUCAGUCAGCUCGAGACAGCAGGCGCAGGCCAAGAUGAAGAGGACAUGCCCGUAUACGACGACCCGACCGGCUCACUGUUUUCAGGACCUGUCGCAGAAUCGGUGCCCACCGGCAUCACUGGCAUGCGCAUUCGCCCUCGUUCAAAGGGCGAACUCACGAGACUGUCAGGCGAGUACGACGAUGGAGCCAGCUGCUCCUUCGGCGCUACGUCACAGCACGUCGCACGAUCCAUCAAGAGCAGUAAAUCUUCUCGUAGUCGAAGCAACAGACGUAUGUCAGGCGUCGAGGCCUCGCAGACCCAGCGGCGCUCGUCGACUGGCAGACCUAGGCUUGCAUCCAGCGCCUCCAAUCUGUCAGUACCUGGCGUGCUAGAUUCUGAAUCCGACCCGGAACUCGAGCAUGCUGUCAAACAGUCGUCUUCCUCCUCUUACCGCCGGCAGGCUCGCCCCUCUGCAGCGCGCCGCCAAAGCACGCUGUCUGUGGGCUCAGCGGCAUCAUCGCGGCGCUCAAUCAGCUCUAGGAGAUCGGAAUACAGUAUACGUGGCAAGAGAGCAAGGAAGGAGAGCUCACCCACUCGGUCUGCCGUCGACUCGGAGGAUGAUGAUGCCGCAGAUCCAUAUGGACCAUACGGCUCGUCAGUCUCUACAUCCUCAACGACGACCACCAAUUCAGUCGAAUCAACGGACUCUCGCAUCACCCGUAGCCGUCGACAUCGAGCCGCUCAUUUCCCCUUCGGCAGCUAUGGCGGCUUUGGUAACGGAGAUCCCCUCUUUGGCGAGUCUCGUGUCGAUAUCGGAGAACUGUCCGAAGACGGAGACGAUGAGCCUGCGAUCAACGAGGAUCUGUCUUCGACCGCCGAUAAUACUCUCUUUGGUCGCAAGCCCAGAUUGCUGGCCAGCCGACAGUCUGUCUAUAUCGUUGACGAAGACCUGCAGAUCCUCUUUGUCGGUUGGGGCCAAAAGACCUAUAAACGAAUACUAUGGUUUUCCGGCUGCAUUCUGUCAAUUGGCAUUCUCUGGCUCAUCGGCCGUUGGAUUCCACGCUGGUGGCUACAGGGGCGCGGCAAGGAGCGCGACUUUGCCAGAGCGGACUUCAUAGUUGUCGAAAGUCAACAUGGUGAUCGUCACAUCGAAAUGCUCCAAACGAUCAGCUUGCCUGGUCCAACACCUCUCACAGACAUCUUUGCACCCGGUUGUGGCGAGCCACCCACAAGCAGGACUGAUAUUGCCUUGGCAUCGCAGACCAAGUCCCAGGCAGAUGCGGAAGCGAGUACGCCCUUGAACGGCUCUGUCAAGUCAAACCGACCAAUGAGAAGAGCCACCAUGCUGACGGAAGUGCGCUAUGUUGACUAUCGCUAUUAUCGCUUCUUGCUGCAUCCUGUCGACAAUAAGUUUCGGAUGGCACGAGACUGGAAAGAUCCAGAAUGGUCAAGUGCGCUCAAUCUGCGCAAGGGCGUAACAGCUGCAGCAGUAUAUCAAAGGACGUCACUCUUUGGAAAUAACGCCAUUGAGAUCAGGGCGCGGACGGUUUGGCAGCUUUUCGUCGACGAAGUCCUGCACCCUUUUUACGUAUUUCAGAUUAUCUCGAUUGUGCUAUGGUCUUACGACGACUACGUCGCGUACGCCGCCACCAUUGCGCUUAUCAGCAUCAUCAGUAUCACGACCACUCUGGUCGAAACCAAGCGGAAUGUCGAAAGGAUGCGCGAAAUGUCUCGCUUCUCAUGCUCGAUCAGAAUCUGGCGUGCAGCUCAGUGGACCAUUGUCGACUCUACCGAGCUAGUACCUGGCGAUCUCAUCGACUUAGGAGAACCAGGUUUACAAAUCGUGCCUGCGGACCUGAUCAUGCUCUCUGGCGACGCAAUCGUCAACGAGAGCAUGCUGACUGGGGAGUCAGUCCCCGUCUCCAAGUCACCUGUCGACGAUUCUGCCAUCAAGAUGCUCCAAACCAUUGGAGGCGAGAUACCUCCGGCUCUCUCAAAGCAUGUUCUCUUCUUCGGUACCGGCGUGAUACGCAUCAGACGGACGGCAGGACCUGCAGCUUCAGGUCUGGAAGCGGUCGGCAUUGUCUUGCGCACGGGUUUUGAUACGACUAAGGGCGCUUUGGUGCGAUCAAUGCUCUUUCCCAAACCGAUGGGCUUUAAGUUCUAUCGAGAUUCGUUCCGUUUCAUCGGCGUACUUGCCGGUAUCGCUGUUAUCGGGUUCAUCGCAAGCUCUGUCAAUUUCAUCAAGCUGGGCAUCAAGUGGCACACUAUUGUCGUGCGAGCGCUCGAUCUCGUGACCAUCGUCGUGCCGCCUGCUCUGCCUGCAACAAUGUCUAUUGGCACUUCAUUCGCCAUCUCACGACUGCGCAAAGCCGGUAUCUUCUGCAUCUCGCCUAAUCGCGUCAAUAUCGGCGGUAAGAUCAAUCUGGCCUGCUUCGACAAGACCGGUACACUCACAGAAGAGGGUCUGGAUGUACUCGGCGUGCGCAACGUGCACCGUAUCGAUCGCGUCUUCAGCGAUCUUCACGAUGAUGUCAACGAUGUCCCCAUCUUUGGUGCCGAGGAUGCAAAGACGCCAUUGUUGCAUGCGCUGGCCACUUGUCACGGUCUCAAAAUUGUGAACGGCGAAGUAAUCGGUGAUCCUCUCGACUUGCGCAUGUUCGAGUUUACUGGCUGGUCGCUCGAAGAAGGCAAGGAAGGUACAGUGCGUCCUGAUCCGCAGUUACGCAAGUCCAACGAGAGCAAGCGCGCCAACUCUCGCGUACCAGAAAGGGCCGCUACUCUAGUGCAAACUGUCGUGCGUCCACCUGGCACGCAAGGCUUCCAGAUCGAAGACGCCUUGCGAAGCGGUAGCAAGCAUGCUCAUUUCCUCGAACUAGGCGUCAUCCGUACUUUCGAAUUUGUUUCUGCCUUGCGACGGAUGAGUGUACUGGUCAAAAAGCUCCGAUCGUCCUCUGUCGAAGUGUACGUUAAAGGCGCGCCGGAAGUGAUGACGGAUAUCUGUCUUGCCGGAUCUCUGCCUGACGAUUACCACGAUUGUCUCGAGUUUUACACAAAGCACGGCUUCCGCGUCAUCGCCGUUGCAGCCAAAUCCAUUCCCGGCCUGACCUGGAUCAAAGCUCAGCGAAUGAAGCGCGAAGUCGCAGAGAGCGAAUUGCGCUUCCUCGGACUGAUCAUCUUCGAGAACAAGCUCAAGCCUGGCACAACGCCUGCCAUUCAUACGCUUGCGAAUGCGCACAUCGCAGUCAGAAUGUGCACGGGUGACAAUAUUAGAACUGCAGUUAGCGUCGCUCGCGAAUGCGGCAUGAUCGAACGUGAGGCAGCGGUCUACCUGCCCCGAUUUCUCGAAGGCCAUCAGCUGGAUCCCGAUGCGCGGCUUGAAUGGUUCGAUGUCGAGGACGAAAGGCUCUUGCUGAAUCCUUACAGCCUAAAGCCCAUCAUUCCUGACAACAGCUCUGAAGAUCGCUCGAUUGCCUCGCUGGGCGAAAGAAUGAGCAAUUACGCAUUGGCAGUCAGCGGUGACGUUUUCCGAUGGAUGAUCGAUUAUGGCGCCCAGGAGACGCUACAGCGAAUGCUUGUUCGAGGAGUUGUCUUUGCUCGCAUGUCUCCAGACGAGAAGCACGAACUUGUCGAACGGCUGCAGGAUCUUGGCUAUACCGUCGGCUUCUGCGGCGAUGGCGCGAACGAUUGCGGCGCGCUUAAAGCAGCCGACGUUGGCUUGUCGCUAUCGGAAGCAGAAGCGUCUGUUGCCGCGCCGUUCACGAGCCGGUCACCCGAUAUUUCGUGCUUCAUCGAAGUCAUUCGCGAGGGCAGGGCCGCGCUAGUCACGUCCUUUUCGUGCUUCAAAUUCAUGGCGAGCUAUUCGAUCAUACAGUUUGCGACCGUCACUGCGCUUUAUGCGAUUGCUUCAUCACUUGGCGACUUCCAAUUUCUCUACAUCGAUCUGUUCAUUAUCUUGCCGAUUGCGGUCACCAUGGGCAGGACGGCGCCAUAUCCUCGUAUCCAUCCGAAGCGACCUACGGCGAAUCUGAUCUCGAAGAAGGUACUGACGUCCCUCAUCGGACAGAUGAUCAUCACGACCGCCUUUCAAUUUGGCGUGUUCUUCUAUGUGCGUGCACAGCCAUGGUACAGGCCGCCCAAGAUCAAUCCGGACGUGCUGAAAACAAAAAAUGACGAGAACUCGGCACUCUUCUUACUUUCAUCGUUCCAAUACAUCAUCGUGGCGGUCAUUUUCUGCGUCGGUCCACCCUAUCGUCAGCCAAUACACACCAAUGUGCUCUUGCUCGUGACCAUUGUGAUUUUGUCUGCCUUUUCGCUAUUCGCAAUGUUUGUCGAACACGGCAAGAUUUACAAGCUUCUGGAUCUUGUGCACUUUCCAAGAGAAUUUCACCUCGAAUUGCUCCUGCUGGUCAUCCUCAACGCUCUUUUUAGCUGGGUUUGGGAGCACCUCCUCGCCUCGAGACUGGCGAGCGCGAUCGGCACAGCUAAACGACGCUACCGGCGCUGGCGAGGUACGCGAAGGAUCGCAAGCGACAAGCUCUACAAAAGCAUUGCGCGGGACAUGGAAGACGACUAGACUGUUCCUCUGGUCUAGUGUCCUAGACCAGCACUUUUUGUGUUGUACAACCAUUAGUCGUCAUGCUUCACGCCCUGCAUCGAGCACGCGUC